CCAUGCCCUCAUUCCUCCAUCUUCACUACGGAAGCGCACGAUUCCGAACACUUGCCCAUCAUCUUCAUCUGCGAAGCAUCAUGCACAUCAAGUGUUUGUUCAAAUGCCUGUUGUGUUGAGGCUCUCUUUACCCUUUCAUGAACUCGGGAAGCCCACUGCAUUUAAGUCUAUUUCUCACAAGCACAAUCUUCAUUUAAGGCUUCCGUCAUUGCCAUCCUGUUUUUUGAGAAAAGAUUUGUGGCACCUGCGUUGUGUUACACAGGAUGGGUUUUCUUUGCCCGAUUGGGGUCCAGAGAACUCCAAAAGGGCUAAAUCGCAGGAUGAUUCAAACAACUACACCAAUGGUGUGGAUGAUAUUAAGAGACAAUUAGAAGAGGUUUUUGAUAAUGUCAAAACUAUGAUAAAGAUGGGAAAUAAGGGUGAUGCGUUAGAUCUACUUCAGGCUAACUGUGAAGUGGUAAAAGAACAGCUGAAAGCUGGCUUUAAGGGCAUUGAGCAAGCUGCUCUUUUGGAUGUACUAGCCUUGGGAUACAUGGGCAUUGGUGAGUUCAAGAUUGCAGAACGCCUCCUACAGCUGUUAAACGAGCUUGUGAGUAGUUUAAAUGAUGGGCUACCACUUGUGGAUACAAUAUUGAUUCAUAUGGGAAGUAUGUAUACAAUUUUGAGGAUGUUUGACAAUGCUUUGCUGGUAUAUGAAAGAGGCCUUAAAAUUAUUGAAAAGGAGUGUGGAAACAAGAGUCGUUUCCUCAUCACACCACUAUUGGGUAUGGCUAAAACUUCAAUUUUAAUUGGAAGGCCCAGUAAGGCAAUCACUAUUUAUCAGCGUUCAGUUGAUAUCUUGGAACUGGUUAGAGGACCAGAUAGUGAGGAACUUGUGAUACCGUUGUUUUCCCUUGGCAAUAUUUUUAUCAGCGAAGGAAGGGCAGCAGAUGCUGAAUCUUGCUUUAGCAGGAUAUUAAACAUAUAUGAAAUAGCCUAUGGAGAAAACGAUGGAAGGGUUGGUGUGGCUUUGUGUUCUUUGGCUCAUGCUAAGUGUGCAAAAGGAAAUUUGGAUGAAGCUAUUUGUUUGUACAAGAAGGGUCUUCAAGUCAUUAAGGACACAAACUAUGUGGAUUUAGAUGAUGAUAUUCUUGAAAAUUUAAGGAUAGAUUUGGCAGAGUUGCUACACCUAAGUGGAAGGUAAAUUUUGCAUUCCAGUCAUGCAAUUUCACUUCAUUCUUGGCUCUUCUUUAUUUGAAGCUGUGUGUGUUUUCACUUAAUGCAAAUAUCUCUUCUUGUGCUAGUCUCUUCGCAUAA